AUGGCUGAGACGACGGAUAUGAUAAAGGCGGAAACAGCUAUGACAGCGAUGACUCUCUGCACGAAUGAUGUUUGCAAUGGAAACAUGCACAUCUGGAGGACCCAUCUGUCCGGGGUCAUGCAACUACUAACAGCGAUGCUAAGUACCCAAAAAAGGUCAAUUGACAUGACUGAUCCUUUUGUGGUGUGCCUGGUAAAGUGGUUCACUACUCUGGAUAUACUAGCCUGCAUGUCAGGUGUUGGCCUGACCGAAAUGUGUAAAGGUCAGAAUUCACUUUUAGAACAGAUGCCUGACCCAAGAACACAAUCUGUGGAUGACAUUUGUGGCUACUCUCUUGAAUUAAUUCCCAUGUUGGUACAGGUUGCACAACUUGCUUGUCAGACUGGUAUGCACGCAGCUGCCGACCCGUUGGUGUCAGUUUUAUCACCUCAGCAAAUUAUAGAAGAGGCCCAGAUUCUGGAGGCUGCUGUUUAUUCCAUCGCUGACCGGAAGGGUUCAGAAGAUACAGUAAGAAUCCACGGUGUAGAACUUGCCAGCGAGUUGCAGCAUACUCACCUUGCCUUUGUUCAUUCUACGUUAUUGUACCUCCAUCGUCGUGUUCAACUUCUUCCAAAGGAUCAUCCCACCGUUCGAACUGAUAUUAGGAAUAUUCUGGACGCUGUUGAAAGAAUUCAGCCCUCUUCUCCAUCAAAUAUUCUUAUCCUCUGGCCAAUAUUCAAUGCUGGCUGUGAAACAGAUGACAUUAGUGAGCGUGACCAAAUUCAGACCCGAAUGGCCAACAUGCAAAAUCGCGGAAUGGGAAACUUCACCAGAGCUCGAGGCCUGAUGAAAGAAGUAUGGGCCUCAAAUAGCACCUUGACUUGGGAUGUUUAUUUUGCCAAUCUCGGCAGAGAGCUUGUUCUGUUCUAA